CAGACCGAGGGAGGAGAGCAGAGGCAGGAGGUAAGGGCACAGACGCUCAGCAGCCGCUGUGGCAGAAUGUCCCUGUCAGUCCUCCGCUGCCGGAGUUAGGAAAACCUUCACCGGCCGCUAAAACCCACAAAACUCUGCGGCCCAAGCAUGCGACAUGACGGGAAUUUUUAUGCCGGCGGUUCACUCGUGCCUUCGGAAAGCUCACAUGUUUCUGCGCGGUGUCGACGAGGUAGCAAUGUUUAGCAGCGGAGCAGCGACAGAGCCCCGCGGAGUUUGGAUCUGCGCUCCCAAGCUUGUUAUAUGAAAGCCUUACAAUUUGUUGACUUAACGAGACGCGGCGCCAAGUAGAAACCCUCGGAUGUAGCCUCCACGGGUAGCAGACAAAAACGAAACCCUGAAGCUGCCGGCCGGUAUCUUCCUCUGGUGAACAUCCUCCACCUCUUCCUCCUCCCCCGGCGAGUGUUUCGGGGAGUCAUAGGCGGCGGGGAUGCAGGUGAAGAAGCACCGGGACCCGGGGAGCAGCAGUGGCGGCGACAUGCUGGAAAGCGACACUCUCCGCAAAAACUCAUCAUGUUUCUCCAAUAUCAAGAUUUUCCUGAUAUCGGAGUGUGCUCUCAUGUUGGCACAGGGCACAGUGGGAGCGUACCUGGUGAGUGUGCUGACUACCUUGGAACGACGGUUCAAUCUGCAAAGCGCCGACGUUGGAGUGAUAGCCAGCAGCUUCGAAAUCGGGAAUUUGGCACUGAUUCUGUUUGUAAGCUAUUUUGGGGCCAAAGCACACCGGCCCCGUCUGAUUGGCUGCGGGGGCAUAGUAAUGGCCUUGGGAGCUCUCCUCUCAGCUCUUCCUGAAUUCUUGACCAAACAGUAUGAGAUAGAAAAAAUUCACAGGACCAACUUGGGUCGGGAUGUUUGUUCCAAUGCUAGCUCUGGUGAGUCUCAAGAUGAGAUUCUCUGCGCCAACAAGGCCAACACCAACAUGAUGUACCUGCUGCUCAUCGGGGCCCAGGUCCUGCUGGGGAUUGGGGCCACUCCGGUACAGCCCCUUGGAGUUUCCUACAUUGAUGAUCACGUGAAGAAGAAAGAUUCCUCACUCUAUAUAGGAAUCCUCUUCUCUACGCUGGUGUUCGGACCCGCCUGUGGCUUCAUCCUCGGAUCCGUCUGCACUAAAUUCUAUGUGGACUUCCUCUUCAUAGACACCAGUAAGCUGGGCAUCACUCCAGAUGACCCGCGGUGGAUCGGGGCCUGGUGGGGAGGCUUCCUGCUGUGCGGUGCCUUAUUGUUCUUCUCGGCUAUCCUGAUGUUCGGCUUUCCUCACUCACUGCCAACGAGGGAGAGAGACGAGGGAGCUGAGAGCGAACAGGUUAUGCUGCCUCCUUCUCUCAGCCAAGAGUAUGAGACUCCGAAGCCCAGCAACGGAGUAGUGCUCAGCCAUGAGCCUGCCAACAGCCCCACCUGCUGUCAGCAGCUGAGAGUGAUCCCUAAGGUGACAAAGCACCUGCUGUCAAACCCCGUCUUCACCUGCAUCAUCCUCGCUGCCUGCAUGGAGAUAGCAGUUGUGGCCGGCUUCGCAGCCUUUCUGGGAAAAUACCUUGAGCAGCAGUUCAACCUCACCACCACCUCCGCAAACCAGCUGCUAGGCAUGACGGCCAUUCCAUGUGCCUGUCUGGGAAUCUUCAUGGGCGGCCUGCUGGUGAAGAAGCUGAACCUCUCAGCGCUGGGAGCCAUCCGCAUGGCCAUGCUGGUCAACCUGAUCUCCACUGCUUGCUAUGUCUCCUUCCUGUUUCUGGGCUGCGAAACGGGCCCCGUCGCUGGAGUCACUGUACCAUACGGCAACGAGACACUAAAUGUGGGUGAGAAACCGGAGGCUCAGUGCAUCAGCCACUGCAGCUGCUUCACCUCUUCCAUCAGCCCCGUGUGCGGCUCCAAUGAGGUUACCUAUCUGUCUGCCUGCUUCGCCGGCUGCACCCGGACAGGAGCGUAUCAGUCCGCAACAAAUAUUUCGCAGAGCCUGACUGGCUGCACCUGUAUAUCUUCCAAAAAUGGCCCUGGCACUGCUACUCCCGGGAAAUGUCCAUUGCCAGGUUGCCAAGAGGUUUUCCUCAUCUUCCUGUGUGUGAUAUGUGUCUGCAGCCUUGUGGGAGCCAUGGCCCAGACUCCCUCUGUCAUCGUGCUGAUCAGGACCGUGAGUCCUGAACUGAAAUCAUACGCUCUAGGAGUGUUGUUCCUUUUGUUACGACUCCUCGGAUUCAUCCCGCCUCCUCUGAUCUUCGGUGCCGGGAUCGACUCCACCUGCCUCUUCUGGAGCUCUAACUGUGGCGACAAAGGGGCCUGCCUUCUUUACCACAACGUGCAGUACAGGUACCUCUAUGUGAGCCUGGCCAUCUUCCUCAAGGGUGUGGCCUUCUUGCUCUACACCACCACGUGGUACUGCCUGCGGAGGAACUACAAGAAAUACAUCAAAGGAAACGAGGGCGGCCUAACGGCGACCGAGUUUUACCCGUCCCUCGGCGACGGGCCCAAACCCGUGGACAGGACAAAGUUUAUAUACAACCUGGAGGACCACGAGUUUUGUGAAAAUAUGGAGUCUGUUUUGUAAGAAUUUUUCUUCGCCUGUUGAAAUGAUAAAAGGCCAUACAGGCCUGAGGUGCACUCCAUGAGUUUUUCCAGAGGGUCCAUUCUAGUUCUUUGAAACCAUGAGGUGUUGUCAGUGAAUUCCUGAAGACGACUCCACAGCCCUCGCUGGGUCAGUCCUGGUUGUUUACUAGUGCACGGCUAUAGUUGCCAUAUUGUUUAGGUCUUUCAUGACCAAACUAAUCUGUGUGGGUAAAUGACAGGCUUCCUUCAGUCAGCACAGUGUCCUGUCUGUUACUCUAAAAAAAAAAAAUAAAUAAGAUUUUUAAGUUAAAAAAAAUGUUUUCUUCAGAUGUUUAAAAGUUGCCAAGUGUUUACAAACUAAUAGCUGAUGAGUCACUGUACUUUACUUCAGAACAGGAGAGUCCAGAUGCACCUGAGCCAGACUGGACCGGGUUAUUUUAGUGGCCUGAUAGAAGUUUGGUUUCCGUUUUUCUUGCUGGAUCAAUAAAAUAAACUGUUUUUAUUACUUGGACUAGACUGUAAAGCCUUGCCACAUAGGUGCAAUUCAGAUCCAAUUUAUUCAUGUUCUUAACUUUAGCCUUUUUUUUAGGACUGCAGGGGUUUUUUUCACUGUAGCAGUUUGUUUCACAUCAAUUUGCAGAGUGUAUUCAGCCUAAUUUGUCUUAAAAGGGAUUCAACAUAUAGGAAUAUAUACAUAUUAAUAAAUAUAUAUUGUUUUCUGCACCCAGUGGAGAUGCAGAGAAGAAAAUCUAUAGUAAUUAUUUUUUGUGUUUCAGAAUUUGUAUUAAGAUUAGAAAUCAUAUGAUUGGUUCAUUAGGCCCAGGAUGUUUUAUUAGUUCAUAUGUGAGCUAAGAGCUAAUAAUUACAUUUUUGUGAUGCGUCUGUCUUAUGUCACAAAUGAUUUCUGAAUAUUUAUAUUGAGGAUUAAAGUGUAGUUCGCUAUUGUGAACAAAAAG